GAUAGUUAUCCACGCUUGAAGCCGCGUGCAAAUGCUUGGGAUCAUCGGGAUACGAUACGGGUGAAAGUCUAUUGCAGGGAGAAUCUCACAUCGAGUGGGGAAAUCCGUAUAAAAAUAAAGCAACCCGCUGAAAAAAUCAUCAUUCAGUGUUCCUCCACCAAGCAAGAAAUGAAGCCUUUUUUGGUCGCAGUCUUUCUUUUGUCCGCGGUCUGUUUGAUCCGUUGCGAGGAGGCGAAGAAGACGGAAAAACGCGGCAUUGAAAGUUUCGGCCAUGGAGGCGGCAUCUCACUAGGAGGCGGACAUGGUGGAUUCGGCGGAGGCUUCGGUGGAGGCGCCGGCGGAGGGCUCGGCGGUGGGUUCGGAGGUGGACUCGGAGGAGGACUCGGAGGAGGGCUCGGGGGAGGCCUCGGGGGAGGACUCGGGGGAGGACUCGGUGGAGGCGGCGGAGGCGGCGGUGCCACCGUCAACACCAUCAGCCAAACAGUACCAGUCCCAGUGCCCCAGCCCUACCCCGUUACGGUCACCCGAACAGUUCCUGUUCCAGUGCCAGCACCAUACCCUGUCGACGUGCCACGAGCAGUACCAGUGCCCGUCCCCGUGCCACAACCAGUCGUCGUACCAAGACCAGUUCAAGUUACAGUUCCCAGACCCGUACCAGUACCAGUGAGCGUACCAGUCCAAGUACCAGUUCAAGUGCCUGUACAAGUACCAGUGCCUCAGCCUUACCCAGUGGCCGUUCCACAACCCGUCCCAGUUAGAGUACCACAAACCAUCGUCGUACCCGUACCACAAAUCGUUAAUGUUGGAGGAGGAGGCGGUGGUGGUGCUGGAGGAAUCGGCGGUGGAUUCGGAGGAGGAUUAGGAGGCGGAAUUGGCGGUGGAUUCGGAGGAGGUUUGGGUGGUGGUAUCGGUGGGGGACAUGGAUUCGGAGGAGGUUUGGGCGGUGGUAUCGGUGGGGGACAUGGAUUUGGAGGAGGUAUCGGUGGGGGACAUGGAUUUGGAGGAGGAAUCGGCGGUGGACACGGAGGCUACAGCUACUCCAGCGUGUCCAUUGGAGGGCACCAUUUUGGUAGCAGCUCCAAGCACUGAAUGAUGUUCCACUUUUUUCACUUUCCUCACAUUUCAUUAUACCUCAUGUAUCAUUUAUUUUGUUUUGUGAUAUUCUAGGUACUCUUAGUUGUUACUUUUAUAUUGAUUUUCAUACUGCUGUAAAUAACUCUCAUUUAAUAAAACACAUCAGUUUAUAAAGUUUAAACAAUGUUUCACUUAACAGACAUAAUUCACAAAAACAUUGUUAUACGUGACCAACACACGACCAAUAAAAACCAGAACUUACGGGAUUAAUCUGCCUUAUUACAUACAUAUUACACACCAUCGGUGCUCAGUACUUGUAGGAUA